AGAGGAAGGGAUGGAUCGGCGCGACAACUUGUUGGCGCGUGUCGGUGGGUUUCGGGAAGUCGGUCGCUCUAGCUGCCCACUGUCCCUGAUUUCCGGUCGCUGAGGGUCCAACUUCCGAGCAGCCGAGAGGCGCGCGGGCACGUCGGCGCCAAGUCGGCAACUCGGAGCAUGUAAAGUAACCAAGGAAACUGAACUCCAGUAUGUGGUAUAUUAUGCAGAGCAUCCAGAGUAAAUAUUCUUUGUCAGAGCGCUUGAUCCGAACUAUAGCAGCCAUCCGAUCUUUCCCGCAUGACAAUGUUGAAGACCUAAUACGAAGGGGAGCAGAUGUCAACUGUAUGCAUGGUACGCUGAAACCAUUGCACUGUGCUUGCAUGGUGGCUGAUGCAGAUUGCAUUGAGCUGUUGUUGGAAAAAGGAGCUCAGGUCAACGCCCUUGAUGGCUACAAUCGAACAGCCCUUCAUUAUGCAGCUGAAAAGGAUGAGACCUGUGUGGAGAUCCUUUUGGAAUAUGGGGCAAAUCCCAAUGCAUUGGAUGGCAAUAAGGACACCCCACUGCACUGGGCUGCCUUUAAAAACAAUGCCGAAUGUGUCCGAACACUUUUGGAAAGCGGGGCCUUUGUCAAUGCUCUGGAUUAUAAUAACGACACCCCUCUGAGCUGGGCAGCAAUGAAGGGCAACCUGGAGAGCGUCAGCAUCCUCCUGGAAUACGGAGCUGAAGUCCGGAUAGUCAAUAUGAAGGGGCAGACCCCAAUUUCAAGGUUAGUUGCCCUGCUGGUCAGAGGACUUGGCACCGAAAGGGAAGAUUCCUGCUUCGAUCUCCUUCACAGAGCCGUUGGACACUUCGAAUUGAGGAAAAAUGGUGCGAUGCCACGCGAGGUUAUGCGAGAUCAGCAGCUUUGUGAAAAGCUUACCACGCUAUGCUCUGUCCCAGGCACAUUAAAGACGCUCUCGCGUUAUGCUGUGCGCCACAGCCUGGGUAUGCAGUUCCUACCAGACGCAGUGAAGGAACUGCCUCUGCCAGAAUCUUUGAAAGAAUAUGUCUUGCUUAAAUGAUGGCUUCCUCUUUCUUUUUUUUAAAAUAGGAUUGUAUUAACCAGCACAUUGGUGAUGCACAGUGGACCUGGCAUUUCAUCUUGGCGGUGGUAGCAUCGGCACAAAAUAAUUUUACAGAUGUAGCUCCAGGAGUCAGCUGGGGUGACAUCUGUGUUUUGUCCAGUGUUUUCCCUUAGCUUCUCCAUUUGCUAUAGUAUCCUUCUGACCUUUCUUUAAUGAAGGAGAGAGGCUAGGAAAGGACUUCUGGUUUCUUAUGGCCAAAAGACCCAAGUGAAACAAGCCUACGUUCCACCUCCUGAAAAAGACCACUUCCUAAAUUCAGGAUUUGACUUCUGUUCUCUGUGAAACAUUCACAGAGCCGGUUGUCUCCUAGCACCAAAAAACAAAUUGAUGUGGCUGAAGAAUGGAAACAUUUUACAUAUUUUAUUCACUGCUUUAAAGCUUUCCAGAAUGUUCUUUCAACUUCCUGUACUUUGCAGCUCCAGACAAUGCUACUAGGCUCAUAUUGAGCCUAGCAGCAAUGGAACUAUCUAAUAUAGUCAGUUUCUGAUUUGCCAGCACAUUCUUUAUUAUUGUACAGUUCUAGUGUGCCCAAGCAAAGAAAUGGCAAAGAAAGUAUUCAUUUUUUAAAAAAGUUUAAGACAUCUUUCAAAUGUUUCAAUGGGUUUCCCCAUUGGACACAAGUUAAAAUACACUUUUCUUGCCAUGUAAUUAUGAUUGUAAUUCUCUUGUGGCAAGCUUCUGUUGCUUCCAUUGCCUUGAUCUGUUUUAAUCAAAAUGAAAAAUUGGGGGAGGGGGGACAAGUCGAAUUUAUUAAGGUCUAUAUCUGCCAUUUCUUUAAAGGUCGAUCAGUGUAAAGUUGUAGACACGUAAAAUUGCAUAUGUGUUUCUUUCACAAAUAAUUCUCUUGGUUCGGACAAAUGAAGCAGCAUCCUUAUGAAUGCAGGAGAGCUGAGAAUACGCCCCAAUUACCCCCUUUAGACAUUUGGAGCUUUAAGUGCCAAGAGACUCACUGAGCAAGUCCAAUGGCCUGGGUGUGUGGGCAUUGUAAUUACAACCACUGUUUUAUCUGCUAUUCAGUUUCAGAAAUGGAAUUAUAAUUUCUGACCAUAAGCCUUUUUUUGGGGGGUGGGGUGGGGGGGCUAUUCUCCCAAGAUUGGAGUAUUGGCUGUCACAUCGAUUGCUGGAGUGUCUCCUAUCUGCUCAGGAUAAUAUCCUUGCUUCUGUUUUGAAGAAAGGAAGAUGGGAAUUAGAACCCUUAACAGCCAUCUUGAAAAUUAGCCAAUGUGGGAAUAAACUAUAUUAAUUGUUGAAAUACAUUCUAUGAUUCUGGACUGUGGAAUCUACUAGAUGUGAACAGAGUCAUCAUUCUCUUCUUGAUGUGUUUCCUUUCUUAUUGCUUGGGCAAAUUAACAAUACUAGAAUGCCACAGCCUACACCUUUCAUACAGAAAUAGGGAAGUGAAAAAAUAUUUUCUACAUAGAACAUCUGCAUUUGGAUAGUCAGUCACCACAGCUGAAAUAUGUGUUUUUGAAGUCUAGGUCCGUAUUCUGAACAAAACGAGUCUUGUUUUAUUCAAUACAAGAGUUGGAACACAACCACUUGUAGAAGGAGAGGAGAAAGGAAGCAAAGUGUAACUAUCUUGCUUCUUUGCCUCAAGAAAUCCCUCUAGGAUUCAGAUUUUGGUUUAACCAAAACCCAGAAGCACCACUUUUCAGAUUUUCUGUUGAACUGGAGCUGGACUAAGAUGAUUUGGGAAACAUUUCAAAACAAUUUUGUUCUUUGUUUCACGCAUACAACCCUCCCCCAAAUUCCAAAGGAAUAAUUCAGUAUGAGAUGGUUCUGUUUCCCCCUGCUAUGUCUUCUGCUUCAUAUAGAUCUGGACCUGCUUACAAGAAAAAUCAUGUUGUAAGCUCAAAGUGCUCUUUUUGAAGUGCUUGGUUGUGGAGGAACGCUUGUUCAGUGCGCAGAUGACUUGAUAUUAAAAGCUUGUUGAUUAAA